AUGUCGAAGAAAGGUAUCGGGGGAGUGAUGAUAUCGUCGAGCAACCCCAGCCACAAUACCGACACCUUGGGCUGGAGGUGCACCUCAAAGGCUCCAACCGAUGCGAGCUGGGCGAAUAACGUGAACGCUGUGACUGGCUGGCCCGAGGCUCAAAUGCCAGGCCUCAAUGGCGACUGCAAGUUUCCUGGACCCGACCUGUCGAUCAGUCACUGCGUCACGAAUAUGGACGAUAUGGCCAUGUGGAUAUGGACGUCAGACGUCAGGCAGGCUACUGGCCACGAAAACGUCUGCUGCGGCGCAGAUAUCACGUCAAAGACACAAAGAACGAUGAAAAGGAUAUUGCCAAAAGGAGGUGGGCCUUAUGGUAGAGACGGUGAAAGUUCCGGCUCCACAAUCGCUAUCGUCAUUACCGUCGUCUUACUCGUCAUCAUCGCCAUUUCAGUUCUUCUCAUAUAUUUCCUGCUUUUUAAUCACACUCAGGAACAGCUGGAUCAGUAA